CUGCGCUGGCCGAGAGCGCCGCAGGUCCGUCGAUGUCCGCGACGACGUCGAUCGCGCCGGCGCGAUGCCGCCUCUGUAACGCGUCGUCGCCGUCCACGUCGCGUCGCGCGCGCGCGUGCGCGGCGGCGCGAUCGCGCGGCGCGCGCGCGAGCGAUCGGAUACCGACGACGACGACGAGCGGCGCCGAUGCCUCGUCGAAACCUCGAGAUCGUCGCCGGAUCGCGCGCCCCCCGCGCGCGUCCUCCUCCGCGGACGAGCCGAACGCGUCGUGGGACGACCUCUCCGGCGAGACCGGCCUCAGCGCGCAGCUGAGGACGUGCGACGCGCUGCGGAAGAACCUCGGCGCGGAGAUGUUCGCGGUGGACCCGUCCAUGGCGUCGCCCGACGUCGUGUACACGUCGCAGGUGCACGAAGCUCGAGGCGCGGAGCAAUACAACGCGCUCAUGAAGGCGUGGAGGCCGCUCAUCAAGCGCACGCUGCUGGAGUUCACGUACGACGUCGAGCGCGCGUUCUGCCCAGAGCCCGGCGUGCUUCUGGUGCGAUGGCGCGCGGAGUGGGACGGCGCGUUCAACCCGGACGCCGCCAUGCUCGACUUCGUCGAGACGAAAUUCCCCGACUACGACGGCGAGGAGUACCGAAAGCUGAAGAAAGAGGUCGACGACGUCCGUCGCGAGUGGACCGGCGAGAGGGAGUACUCCGUGAAAGGGAUCACGACGAUCAAGGUGAACGACGCCGGGAAGAUCGUGACGCACGAGGAUAAGGUCAUGGACAAGGCGGGCAACAUGGGCCUCGGAGACGGAGGGCUCGGAAGCGGCAGCGGGGACUGGUCCGGAAACGGCGACCGCGUCGGCUCGGAGUCGAUAUCCGACGGCGACGCGCAGGCGAAGCGCGAGCGCGACGAGUUCGCGGUGACGGUGUUCUACAACGCGCUGAAACCCCCGGGCGUCGGCGCGGUGUCGUGGUUCUUCGACGUGUUGCUGGAGUUGGAGUGGCAGUACUUCCGACGACAAGUCGGCGACGACACGACGGCGAUUCAGUCGAAGCAAGAGUUCACGAACACGAUAUGGACGCUCUUGUUCACCGUCGUCGUCCUGCCGUCGUCGAUCAUAACGUGGGCGAUCUUGGUCGCGCUGACGAGCGGGGAGAUCGCCGCGCCGGGGGGCGGGGACAAGUACGAUCAGCUCAUCGCGAGGGACAACGCGAUCGAGCGGAACCAACGCGCGCGGACGGGGCCGCAGAUCGGCGGGCUCGGCGGCGGCGGCGGCGGCGGCGGCGCGGACGCGGGGCUCACCCCGGAGCUGUUGAGGUCGCUGUACGGGCAGAAGAUCGGGUUGUAGGCUAGGCGGGCGGGCGAGAGCGGCGCGCGUCGCGGGCGAAGCGACGGAUCCGACGGAAGACGCGCCGUAGACGUCUGUAUGGAGAAAGAAGGAAGCUUUUCAUCGGCGCGUACGCGUAAUCGUAAUACAGAAUACGUAACGAUACCGUG